GAAAAGUCUCCUUUUACUUCCUCUCUCUCUCUCUCUAAAGUCUGAAAAGCAGGAGAAAAACCAGAGCUUGCCUUCCUUGCUUUCUGAGUCUGGGACUUGCAAUUGCUACAAGAUCCUGCUGAGGCCUUAGGUGGGGGGAAAGCGGUUCCGAUAAGAAAGCUUCUCAAUCUGGUUUCGUCAUGGAGAACGAGUAUGGAAAACAGGAAGAGCUGCAUCAUAAGAUCUCUGCUUUGCUUGAAUUUUCAGCUGCAGAUGAUCUGAUUGGCUUCAAGGAUGCUGUUGAAAAGGAGGAUCAUGAUGUUGAUGAGGCGGGCUUGUGGUAUGGAAGGAGGGUUGGCUCGAAUAAAUUGGGCUAUGAAGAGAGGACUCCUCUCAUGGUUGCUGCCAUGUUUGGGAGCCUGGGUGUGUCAAUUUAUAUUCUUGGAACAGGUCGUGUUGAUGUUAACCGCGCUAGUCGGUCAGAUGGCGCUACUGCUCUUCAUUGUGCUGUUGCUGGGGGUUCUGCUGCUUCCCCUGAGGUUGUCAAGCUUUUGCUUGAUGCAUCUGCUGAUGUUCAUGCUGUUGAUGCCAAUGGUAACCGACCCCUCGACUUGAUUGCCUCUGUGAAUAAGUCUAUCUUCAAUCCGAGGAAGAGGUUGCUACAAGCCCUACUCGAGGGUACCGGUGAUGCUGAUCAGGCGUGGCUUAUGUUUCCGGAGGCGCUUGACCAAAUUGAGGAGCAGCAAAGACAAGAUGUGAGCCCGCCUCGUGUUUCAAGAGAUGGGGCUGAGAAGAAAGAUUAUCCUGCUGAUCUCUCCCUUCCGGACAUCAAGAAUGGGAUAUAUGGAACCGAUGAGUUUAGGAUGUAUGUGUUCAAAGUGAAACCUUGUUCAAGGGCUUAUUCUCAUGAUUGGACUGAGUGCCCCUUUGUUCACCCGGGGGAGAAUGCAAGGCGGCGUGAUCCAAGGAAAUAUCCUUAUAGCUGCGUCCCUUGUCCUGAGUUUCGGAAAGGAUCCUGCAGCAGAGGCGACGCCUGUGAGUAUGCACAUGGUAUUUUUGAGUGCUGGCUUCACCCUGCCCAGUAUCGGACGCGGCUCUGCAAGGAGGAGAGAACAUGCACUAGGAGAGUGUGCUUCUUUGCUCACAAGCUGGAGGAGCUUCGCCCCUUGUAUGUUUCAACUGGUUCUGCUAUUCCUUCUCCCAGGUCAUAUUCUGCAAAUAAUUCUGCAUUAGAAAUGGGUUCAGUUAGCCCAAUUGCAUUUGGUUCUCCAUCUUCCAUGAUGCCACCUGUGUCAACACCACCUUUAUCUCCAUCUGGAGCAUCUUCUCCAGUUGCUGGAGGAGCCAUGUGGCAGAAUGUUUCAGUCCCUGCCCUGCAGCUUCCCAAAAGCAGGUUGAACACUGCAUUUGCUGCUAGGGAUAUUGAUUUCGAUAAUGAAUUCCUUAGACUUGAAAUUAAUCGACGCAGGCAGCAGCUAAUGAUGGAUGAGGUAUCCGGGCUCUCCUCUCCUUCCAACUGGAAAAAUUCCAUGCCUAGCGGUCAAUCUUUUUCUGUUUCUUUGAAUGAUCAUACCGGGGAACUGAAUAGGCUUUCAGGGGUCAACCCUGCUAACUUUGAAGACAUGUACGGGUCUCUGGAUCGAUCGGUUUUGGCUCAACUCCAUGGACUCUCACUUGAUGUUGCAGGGUCUCAGUUACAAUCUCCAAGUGGAAUGCAUCAGAUGCGUCCGAAUGUGAACCAGCAGCCGCGAAGCUAUUCUUCCAGCCUUUCAACUUCAAGUGUGAUUGGAUCACCACCCUUCAACCCAUCUGGGGAAGCAGCUGCUGCAAUGGCCUUCAAUCCAAGAUCUGCUGCCUUUUCCAAGCGGAGCCAGAGCUUUAUCGAGCGCAGCGCAGUGAACCGCCACUCUGAGCUUUCUUCUGCUGCUCCUCCCUUUUCCGUUUGGGGCUCCCCUGAUCGAAAACAAGAUUGGGGAAUGCAUGGAGAAGAGUUGAACAAGCUGAGGAAGUCUUCUUCUUUCGGAUUUCGAAGCAGCAGCACUCCUUUAGCCAUGGCUGCUACAACCGCAGCGCCGGCAGAUGUUAAUGAACCAGAUGUGUCUUGGGUCCAGUCACUUGUGAAGGAUGGUGCGCCGUCGGAAUCUGGUCGGUUCAGUUUUGAAUCUUCUGAGGAUCUGCAAAAGCAACUGCAGUUCUACAUUAACAGUGGAGCAGAUGUGAUUCCAGCUUGGUUGGAGCAAUUGUACAUGGAGCAGGAGCAAAUGGUGGCAUGAAAGCAUUUUAAGUUCCUUCUAGCAACUCCUCUAAACAGUUAAUUCAUUUGAUGACUUUUUUGGGGUUUCAUUUAUAGAAUUUAUUCAGAUGACAACUUGUAAAUCGGUGGUAAAAGAGUAUAGGAUCUGGACAGGAUACAAGUUUCCUGUUCUAGCAGCUACCCUUUACUAGGGUGUGACUUAUUCCAGUUUUUCCUGAUAUUUUUGUUAUAUGUUGUUCUAUUGAGUUGCGACUUUCCAUUGACCAAAUUACAACUAUGUAGUGAGGUUAGUCAUCUAUCUUUAUG